AUGUCCCGGUCCCAGACGCUGGGAUCUCUGCUCCUGCAGCCAGUUCCUGCUAUGGGCCGGCGCCUACUUCAUCCAGCAAAAAGGCUGAACAGCCCCAGAGGGUGGCUAGACCUCAGGGACGGCACCUCCAGGGUCCAAGCACACCGUGCGAGUGCAAGAGCUUCCAGCAGCACUCUCUUUGAUCUUCGUGGCAGCAGCGAACCUCCCAGCUGGGAGAGUGACGGUGUGGUGCAUGGGCAUGUCCUGAGGAGGCCAGUGGCAGCAGGGGGAGAGAUUAUUGCUAUUUGGGACGCCGUGUCCAACUACAUCCUGGAAGAGAUGAUGCGGGACAAGGGUGUCCUGCUAGAGGGGCUCGGCACCUUCGGCACGGUCCGAGAGCCACUGCGCCUUGGCAAAAGUGACGUGCUGAUGGUUCGAAGGCCUGUCUUCCAGCUGGGCAUGGACAUGGUCUGGCUGCAGGAGCCCCAGCGCCCCAAAGUGACCCUCCCUGACACCAUCAAGGUCAAGCCGCUGAAUUACCGGCACUUGUCCCGGGCCACCUCCUUCUCGAGGCGCGUGGUGGAAGACUGCGUGGAAGAGACCAUCCGCUUGUUCUCUUCCCAUGUGCGGAACAAAGAGAAGGUCGCCUUUGCCUUCAGGGACAUCGGGCUUCUCACUUGCCAAAAGGACCAAGUGCGCAUGAGGUUUUAUCCUCACUGCACACAGCGGCUGGAGGGCACUGCAAGCCUGGCUGCAGCCCACUGCAGCAAACGGCAGAUGACACAUUUGUCCAUCUCCGGCAGACCUGCUGCUCUGGGGAGCCGGCCUAGCCCUGUGCACGUGUUCCCGAGGUUUCAGCUCUCUGUGCAAGGCAGCCCGGAGGCCCACGCUGCCCCUGCCGGCAGCCCACCAGAGGAGGAGCUGGAGGAAGAGCUCGCGGGCGUCAGGAGCAGCAAAGGUCAGGGAAAAGCUGCCUUCAGACCCGAGCAGCGUCCUGGCAAGCUCCUGCAGCACCGCGAGGAGCUUUCUCUCCCCAUGCUGCCAACCUGGGGGGAAGGCAGGCAGCGGCAAGGCCUGGAGAGCAAGCCUGCUGCCAGGAGCCCGAGGAAGCAGACAGCCCCCAUCCUGGGCACCACUCUGCAGAAGGAAGCUGCCCUUAAGUACCUCCCACAUCCUCCCGCCGGACCUCGGAGCCGCUGUGCCCCCGCCACUCCCACGGGUGCAGCACAGCAUGCAGCCUGCCCUGCCACGCAGAGCUUCGGGACAGCUGCCCACGGCUCCCUCUCCAAAGACAAGCAGAGGCAGCACCAAGCACUGUGGGAGGAGCAGCAGCUCUCUGCACUGGAGAAACGCGCCCGGCGCCAGGCCCAGAUCCCGCUGCUGGAGAAGCAGUUUGACCUUGAGCAGCGGCGUUGCGCGGACACCGACGUGCUGGGGAGGCCCCCCCAAAGGCUAGUGUCCCCACAAGCACUGCAGAACAUGCAGCUGAUGACUUCCUACAAAGUCCUUCGGGACAGGUGGAAGGAGCGAGUGGAACAAAACCGACAGUGGCUGAGGAAGGAGGAGGAGGAGCGCCGCGCUUCGGUGAUGAGCCGCCUCCGGAGCAGAGAGCAGCAAGACCGCGCGCUGGGCGCUUACCACCAAAAUGGCUUUUAUGCCUGGAAAUAAAGGGGCUUUCCGAGUUGCUGUGA